CGGAUGAGGAGAAUUUGUUGAAAAUAUUCGCCAAUAUUCAAACCAGCCAACCACCACACAAACAAAAUAAAACCGACCAACAGACAGACACUCCUGCCUGUUUGAGUGCUGUGCUUCGGGAUGGCUGACGUGCAGAGCACAGGGGAUGGCGGUGAUGUUGGCAACCAGCCACAGCAGGGUGGUGUGGGCCAGGGCGAGGGCUCUUCCAGGGUCGGUGUGGGUGGCCGAAAGACAGCGAACACCAAACGUGUCAAGGAUGAGCCUUGGCAAAAAGUGGUGGACGACCCCAUCGCCGACAUGGACUGCACAUCCUCAUGCAUCACGUUUGCUGAUGUCAACAACCAAGGGGAGAACAAGGUGAUUGUAGCCAACAUGCAGUUUGCAGAAGGAAAGUCCAAGCUGCAAGUCCUCAACUGCGGUGAACUCCAGCAGUCCAUCCACUUGUUCGGGUUUCCGUGCGGCACAAUCUCUUUUCGCACAUCGGAUGAGGCGUCAGCACCAGCCAUUGCGGUGGCAUCGGGUAACGCCCUUUAUGUGUUUAAGAACUUGAAGCCCUUCUACAAAUUCAUCCUUCCGGACUUGCCGCUCGAUGAGCAAGAGCUUGAGACGUGGGUUGGUGUGCGUCGCGCCGAGCGCGUGGAUGCAGAUGUGCUGCAGAAUGCGCUGCUCACGCUUCGUGGCAACGGCGUCAAGCUCUCCCCCCGGUCCCUCAAAUUCCUGUCGCUGCCGCCUGAGAUGCGGGAGGAUUUCGUCAACAUGGUCAAGACGCAGCCCGCCACCACGCCCGCUGUCAUCACAACUGUCGGCACACUCGCAAAGCUUGGUGGCGAUGACACUGGGGUGGCGUGCCCCGUUCUUGGGACAGAGGACGGUCAGGUGUUUGUUCUCAAUCCAACAAACUUUGCCGCAGUCGUCCGUGUGUCCCUCCCAGGCCCCGUUGCGUGCAUGACGGCGAGUGGCGCCCUGGAUACCGACUACAGAAUCCACGCUUGCACACGCGAUGGCACCGUGUGCCACAUCAAAGGGGGAAAGCUUGCAGAUCACUCGUUUUCGCUGCCUGCGCCCGCUGUUGGCAUUGACCGUAUCGGAAAAUCGCUCCUCAUCUCCUGCGCAGACUCCUGCCUCUACUGCUUCAGCACAAAGGGUCGCCGUCUGUGGCAGGUCAAGAUGCCUGCUCCCAUCACCGCGCACAGCCCAAUGGUCUACAGGCCAAAGAUGCUCAGGUUAACGCUAAUCGGACUUGAGAAUGGCGAGAUCCGCCUGUACAGCGACAAAGAGAUGCUCAGCACGUUGAAGGUCGACAGCGGUGUUGCUGCGCUUCGUUUCGGCCGUCUCUGGCGCGACAGCUACGUACUCGUGACGGUCACGCAGGAGGGCCACUACAUCGUGCACCGGCUGAAAAGGGCCACAGAGUUCCACCAGCUCAAGGGCGUGAAAGGUCCGCCACCAGAGCAGCACAUCCGCAUCAAAGUGCCGACAAAGACCAAACUCUAUGUUGACCAGACGCAGCGGGAGAAGGACAACGCCGUGUCGAUGCAUCAGGCAUUUCGCCGUGACCACUACGUCUUGCAGGUCCUCGUCGCCCGCAAAUACGUCAAGGCAAUGACCUCUGCGCUUGCACCGACAUCUGCUCUCGAAGACGUCAAGUUCCAGGUUGGCGCUGCAGUGCAAGGCAUCGGCCCGACAUUCCGCUUGCUCGUGACUGUGCAAAACACGAGUGCGACGGCCGUGUCCGACAUCCGCCUCGCGCUCACGUGGGACGAAAGCAUGUAUGACAUUCAGAACCCCUCUGGCCUCAUUCCACAUCUUGUUCCAGGCGUCACAUACACGGAGUCCUUCAACGUUCAGUGCAUUACGCAAGAGAUGGUGUCCAGUCCAAUCAAAGUGCAGCUGUACUCUCCGCAGCGUUCGCUCCCCAUUGUCACCGCCGUUGUUGCAAUGCCCGUCAGCGAGCCCGUCGUCACUGUCAGAUGAGCAGCAACACCUCCACAAUCUGCUCUGUGUGUGUGCGUGUAUGUGUUGUGUGUGUGGUGUGGUGUGUUUCAGGUCUUCUGGUGUACACAAGCAAGUGGUCGUUUGUGGGCAAGGUUCAACGUGAUGUGGCCCCUCGUGGCAAGAUCGCAGUGCCUGCAAGUCAACGCAUGCAGUUGCUCUUGCUCGUUUUGUGUGUUUCCGUUACUCUCUGAUGGGGUACAGGGUUCUCCCUUGACUUCUUUGUGUCCUGCACGUGUGUACAUUGGACAUGUGUUGGAUGUCUCCACGACUCUAUUGUUCUUGGUCGGAUACAUAUCACUCCUUGUAUCAAGGACAGUACGAAACAGCAGCACUAGCAGAAAACUCACGCGCG